GUUACACGUACAAGAGAUAGUAGGAGAGGGAACCGUUGCUGAAAGAUGAAAACUGUAGAAAAAAUUUAUUUAAUAUUAUUACGUUAAAAUAUACAACUAGAUAAAGUAUAUAGAUAGCCGUUGAUUUUGUAUACCUGUAAAAAAAAAAAAAGUUUGUGACUUCCUUUCGAUAGUUUGUGGAAAUAUUGGGAGAUGGUGUCCACUCUCUCCUCUUUUCAGACUCAGUUAGCGUCCAUCAUGGAAACACUUGUGCAAACAGCUGUAUUAGAGAUAAGCAAACUCGUGGAUGUGGAGUGUGAAGUGUUGUUGUCGGAGGUCACCCGCAGCCGCAGUGAAAUCAGCGCACUGAGGAAGAGACUGAGGAUGAUGGAGGUCCAGUUGUGGACGAGCACUGGACAAACACUGACAGAGAGUCUCACAUGUGUUAAGAGUGAAUGUGACCAAGAGGAGAUGCACAAUCGUUUGAACAGGUGUAGAGGCCCAACAGGAGACAUCCCAACAGUAAUUCAGCAAGACCAAGCAAGUUCUCUUCUCUCUGACAGUCCACAGCAGAAGUGUGAGGUAAACCAGCCAAUUAGUAUGGUAAAGCAGGAGCAACAGGAAGUAGAUGUUUGGAUUGGUCAAGACAACAGUGAAGCACGAACCCAAUGUGGUGAAGCUGUGAGCCUGUCACCCAUCAAGGAUGCUCUCAAAACUGUUCCUUGUGUUGACAGAGGAAAUAGAGAAAACACAACCGAAAGAGUCCCAUCUAAAGCAGAAUCACCAAAAGUCUCACCUGGAACAAUCACAGUGAACCAGACUGUGGCAAACGGUGAUCCAAACACUUCUUUCAGUCACACACAGAGUUUGAGUGCAUCACACUCCGCAAGAACAUCCAGUGCCAACACUAUUUCAGGGGAUAAGCGUUUUGUUUGCUCCUACUGUUCGAAGAGGUUCAGGUGCUUUAGUCAACUUACGAUACAUCAGCGGAGUCACACAGGUGAGAAGCCAUACAGGUGCACGCUCUGUGGAAAGAGGUACUUUCAGAAAGGACACCUGUACACCCAUCAGCGCACCCAUACUGGAGAGAAGCCAUAUCGAUGUUCGCUCUGUGGAAAAGGCUUUAUUCAGAAAUGCACUCUAGACAUGCAUCUGCGAAGUCACACGGGAGAAAAACCCUACACUUGCACAAAAUGUGGGAAAGGGUUCACGACCAAAUUCAAUCUUAACAAACACUUGUCUUGUCAGACUUGCAACAACAUUAGUUAAUGGCAAUGAGCUUGAGUAAAUGUGCUGAUAUCAGUUUCAAACUGUUGAUUUGCACUCCACAGAGAUCAUUUAAAAAAAAUGUACAGUUUGAUAAACAGUUUGAUUCAUGUGGCAUCAGAUCAGCAUUAAAUACAAAGUCAUGUCUGAAAACAGUGAAACUUGUUCUAUCUAUUUAUUUAUUUAUAUUUAUUGAUUGCAUUAAAC